AUGGACCCCUUGCUGGAGAAACAGGAAGAAAUGGUCCAGGCAGCAAUAUUAUACCCCCUGGAAUGUUAUUUGUUUGGGGAAGACCCAGAUAUGUUCCUGGAGAAACUACAACAGAGUGGAACCUCCCAGCUCUGUGGGAAGGUGUUCAAAGGAGGGGAGACAACAUACUCUUGCAGAGACUGUGCAGUUGAUCCAACUUGUGUACUCUGUAUGGACUGCUUCCAGAAUAGCAUUCACAAGAACCACCGGUACAAGAUGCAUAGCUCCACUGGAGGUGGAUUUUGUGACUGUGGGGAUACAGAGGCAUGGAAGGCUGGACCACUGUGUGCUAAACAUGAGCCUGGAGCAUCAGGUUCUGCAAAAGAAAAUUCUGAAUGUCAGUUGAAUGAAGAAAUUAUGGAGCACUCCAGAAGAGUGUUUCCCUCAGUGAUAAAAUAUAUUGUAGAUAUGCUUAUAUGGGAAGAAGAGAAGGAACUGCCUCCAGAGCUCACAAUUAGAGACAAGGUAGACAGCUACUACUGUGUCCUUUUCAAUGAUGAACAUCAUUCUUACGAUCAUGUCAUCUAUAGCCUGCAGAGGGCACUUGGCUGCGAGCUUGGCGAAGCCCAGUUGCAUACUACUGCCAUAGAUAAAGAGGGUCGUAGAGCUGUCAAGGCAGGACAUUAUACCUCAUGUCAGGAAGCAAAAGAAGAAAUCAAGAGGCAUUCUGAAAAUGUUUCUCAACGACCGCUUCAUGUGGAGGUUCUGCAUGCUGAUGUUAUGGCUCACCAGAAGUUUGCCUUGCGCCUUGGUUCUUGGCUGAACAAACUCAUGAGCUAUUCAAGUGACUUCCGCCAGAUCUUUUGUCAAAUAUGCCUCAAAGAAGAAGCUGGAUCUGAAACCCCAUGCUUCAUAAGCAAGUUGAUGCUAUGGGAUGCAAAACUUCAUAAAGGGGCAAGGAAGGUUCUGCAUGAACUUAUCUUCAGUAGUUUUUUCAUGGAAAUGGAAUACAAAAAGCUUUUUGCUGUGGAAUUUGUGAAGUAUUACAAGGCGUUGCAAAAAGAAUACAUCAGCGAUGAUCACGACAGAGUUCUCUCUGUGACAGCACUUUCAGUUCAGAUGUUCACUGUACCCACUCUGGCCCGACAUCUCAUUGAAGAGCAAAAUGUAAUCACCACUAUUACGGAGACACUCCUAGAAGUGCUUCCAGAGUACCUAGACAAAAAUGACAAGUUCAAUUUCCAAGGUUACAGUCAGGACAAACUAAACCGGGUAUAUGCAGUAAUAUAUGACCUCAAGUAUGUCUUAGUCAGCAAGCCUACACUGUGGACAGACCGUCUGAGGGAGCGGUUUUUAGAAGGAUUUGUUUCUUUCCUAAGGAUUCUAACUUGCAUGCAGGGAAUGGAGGAGAUAAAAAGACAGAUUGGUCAGCACAUAGAGGUGGACCCUGACUGGGAGGCAGCUAUUGCUAUACAGAUGCAGCUCAAGAACAUUCUUUUGAUGUUCCAGGAGUGGUGUGCCUGUGACGAAGAGCUGUUGCUCAAGGCCUACAGAGAAUGUCAUAAAGCUGUGAUGAGGUGCAGCACAAAUGGCCGCUCACGGGAAAAGACAGUGUUUCACUUGUGUGGCCAUACUCUAGAGAGCAGACCUUACAGAGUGUCUGCAGAUCCUGUCAGCAUACAUUUACCGCUGUCUAGGACUCUUGCUGGUCUUCAUGUACGAUUAAGCAAGACUGGUACCAUCUCAAGAUUGCACGAGUUUGUUUCUCCUGAAGAAUUUCAAGUGGAGCUGCUAGUAGAAUAUCCUUUGCGAUGUCUUGUCUUGGUUGCUCAGGUUGCUGCAGAGAUGUGGAGAAGGAAUGGGCUGUCCCUGAUAAGCCAGGUAUUCUAUUAUCAAGAUGUUAAAUGCAGAGAAGAGAUGUAUGAUAAAGACAUCAUCAUGCUCCAGAUAGGUGCAUCUCUUAUGGAUCCAAACCAGUUCCUCCUGCUGAUACUGCAGAGAUAUGAGCUUGCUGAUGCUUUCAAAAAGAUUAAGCCCACCAAAGAUCAGGAUUUGAUCAAACAAUGUAACGUGUUAAUAGAAGAGAUGCUACAGAUUCUCAUCUAUGUUGUGGGGGAAAGAUAUGUGCCUGGAGUGAGUAAUGUGACAAAAGAAGAUGUUAUCAUGAGAGAAAUCAUCCAUCUGUUAUGUAUUGAACCAAUGGCUCACAGUGCAAUUACCAAGUCCUUGCCUGAAAAUGAGAACAAUGAAACUGGCUUGGAGAAUGUAAUUGAUAAAGUGGCUACAUUUAAGAAACCGGGUGUGUCUGGCCAUGGAGUUUAUGAACUGAAAGAUGAAUGCUUGAAGGAGUUCAAUAUGUUCUUUUAUCACUAUACCAAGACCCAACACAGCAAGGCUGAACAUACACAAAAGAAAAGAAGAAAACAAGAAAACAGAGAUGAAGCGAUGCCACCACCUCCUCCUCCAGACUUCAGUCCUGCAUUCAGCAACGUGGUGAGGAUUCUGAACUGUGACGUUAUGAUGCACAUACUGCGGACCAUUCUUCAGAGAGCAGUAGAACUGGAAACCCAUUUGUGGACUGAAGCUAUGAUCCAAAUGGUGCUUCAUCUCCUUUCUUUAGGGUUACUAGAAGAGAAGCAACAGUUACAGAAGUCUCCUGAAGAAGAAGUAACCUUUGAUUUUUAUCACAAAGCAACACGAAUGGGGAGCUCGGCCUUGAAUGCUGUGAAUGUGUUAAUGCUUCUGGAAAAAUUAAAGAGAGUUCCUCAGUUGGAGGCACAGAAGGACACAGUCAAUUGGAUACUGCAGAUGUUUGACACAGUGAAAAGAUUGAGAGAAAAAUCUAGUUUGACAACAGUACCAGCUACAUCAGGCUCAGAAGCUACAAAAGGUGAUGAGACACAGAGCACUCAGGAUAAAGAGAAAGCUGAACGGAAGAGAAAAGCAGAAGCAGCUAGGUUGCACCGUCAGAAAAUAAUGGCCCAGAUGUCUGCACUGCAGAGGAAUUUCAUAGAAACCCAUAAGCUCCUGUACGAAAACACACUGGAGGCACAGGGGAAAGAAGAUGCUAUUAUGGAGGAAGAAAGCAUGUCUUCGGCAAUUGAUUACUCCAAAAUUGCUUUGGGUCCCAAACGAGGUCCGUCUGUUGCUGAGAAAGAAGUUCUGACCUGUAUUCUUUGUCAGGAGGAGCAGGAAGUAAAGUUGGAGAGUGCUGCCAUGGUACUGUCUGCCUGUGUCCAGAAAUCAACUGCUUUAACUCAGAAUAGGAGCAGAAUUCUUGAACUCUCAGGGGAUACGCUAGACCCUCUCUUCAUGCACCCUGACUUACCUUGUGGGACCCACACGGGAAGCUGUGGUCAUGUGAUGCAUGCAGCCUGCUGGCAGAAGUACUUUGAAGCUAUGCAGCUGAACUUUCGACAACGUCUGCAUGUUGAACAGAUAUUUGACUUGGAGAAUGGAGAGUAUCUUUGUCCACUUUGCAAAUCUCUGUGCAAUACCGUGAUUCCGAUAGUUCCAUUGCAAGCUCAAAAAAUCAACAGUGAGGACGCAGAGGCAGUAGCUCAGAUUCUUUCCCUGGCUAGGUGGCUGGAGAUUAUCAUAGUCAGGAUAUCGGGCUACAGUGUGAAAAAUGCUAAAGGAGAGAAACAAAAUCUUCCAGCUUUCACCAACAAGGGAAUGGGGACCUCUGCUUUGGAAUUCCAUUCUAUCCUUAGUUUUGGAGUUCAGUCCUCAGCCAAAUACUCAAGCAGUAUCAAGGAGAUGCUUAUUCUCUUUGCCACCACCAUUUACAGAGUUGGGCUAAAAGUUGCUCCAAAUGAAGCUGAUUACAGGAUUCCUAUGAUGACCUGGAGCACAUGUGCUUUUACCAUCCAGUGUAUAGAAAACCUCUUGGAAACGGAGAGCAAGCCUUUAUUUGGAUCUCUACAAAAUAGACAGCACAGUGGCCUUAAAGCAUUAGUGCAGUUUGCAGCUGCUCAGAGAACAACAUCACCACAGGUCCUGAUUCAGAAACAUCUGGUUCGUCUUCUAGGAGUUCUUCUACCAAACUUUAAAGUGGAGGACACUCCCUCCCUUUUAGAAGUAGAUAUGUUCCACAUUUUGGUGGGAGUUGUUUUAUCAUUUCCAUCUUUAUACUGGGAGGAUGCUGUAGACUUGCAACCUUCAUCAAUUAGUUCAGCCUAUAACCACCUCUACCUCUUCCAUCUGACAACACUGGCACACAUAACGCAAAUCGUCAUCUCUUCAGCAACAGAAUCCCCUACUGCUCCAUCAUCUGACAACAGUGAGGAGGCACGGUCUGCACAGUCUUUCUGUAGAGAGGUUUGCCAGUACACCAGUGGUUGCUUUAGUCAGGAUAUUCCAGGCUGGCUUGUGUGGGAUUGUGUUAAAAAAGGCAUCAUGCCUUACCUUCGCUGUGCUGCUUUAUUUUUUCAUUAUUUGUUGGGAGUUUCUCCACCUGAGGAGCUACUACAAGUUUCUGAAGAAGGGCAAUUCAAGGCACUUUGUAGUUACCUCUCUCUGCCUACCAAUCUGUUCUUGCUCUUCCAGGAAUAUUGGGACACAGUAAAUCCACUGCUUCAAAGGUGGUGUGCUGACCCGGUGGUGUUAAGUUGUUUGAAGGGGAAAAGCGUUGCAAUAACGUAUCCUAGGAAAAGAAAUAGUUUAAUAGACCUUCCUGAAGACUAUAGCUGCCUUCUGAACCAAGCCUCUCAGUUUAGGUGCCCGCGGUCUUCUGAUGAUGAACAAAAACAUCCAGUAUUGUGUUUAUUCUGUGGGGCUAUAUUGUGUUCCCAGAAUACUUGCUGUCAGGAACUGGUGAAUGGGGAGGAGUUGGGAGCCUGUACUUCUCAUGCUCUUCAAUGUGGAGCUGGAGUCUGUGUGUUUCUCAAAAUCAGGGAAUGCAAAGUUGUCCUCAUUGAAGGUAAAACCAGGGGCUGCUUAUAUCCUGCUCCCUACUUGGAUGAAUAUGGAGAAACAGAUCCAGGUCUGAAAAGAGGCAAUCCCCUGCACUUAUGUCGUGAGCGUUACCGGAAGCUCCAUCUGCUAUGGCAGCAACACUGCAUCAUAGAGGAGAUUGCCAGGAGCCAAGAAACGAAUCAGUUCUUCUUUGGAUUCAACUGGCAACUGCUCUGA